UUUUUGUUUAAUUUAUUCAAUAAUAUUUUUACAAAGUAUUCAAAGUUAACGUUGCCUACAAAUAUGAGUAACAAUACUUUUUUGUCGACUCGUAUGAUGGCCGGAGCAGCUAUCGUGGGACUAGUAGGUGCUGCAGGUGUCUUCAUAUAUGAACAAAUCUAUGCAGAAAAAAGAAGAGCUAUGCUAGUAAGGGAGGUUGCCCGCCUUGAUAAACAAGUUUCAUGCAUGAGAACAGAAUUAGAAGCCUUAAGAGAGCUACAGAAAGAAACUCAACUUCGACGCAUGAAACAAAAGCGUAGUCCAAGACCGAAAGAAGUCAAAUCUCCUAAAGCUGCACCUUCAGGUGACACUGUUGAUGCUCCGGAUCAAAGCUAUGCCUCUGAUUCUGAAUAUUUUACUGACUAUCAAUCUGUUAUAGCAACUGAUGGUGAAAUGGACAGCGAGGAGUUUUAUGAUGUACCCACAGAUGAUGAAGAUGAUACGCUACGCGAAUCACUACGCAAUGGACAUGCUGCAAAACUUACCCUAGAUGAGGAUAAAUCAGAUAAAUUAGAUCUUCCAGUGCAACAAAAUAUUAAGGAAAAUAGCACAUAGCCUACAUAUAAAAGAAGGUCCUUAGUGAAGCAUAAUUUGUUUUAGUUUGUGUUAGCAACGGUUUAGGGUUAGAUUGGCUAUUAGGAGGCUAAUGUAGGCCAAAUGAAAUCUAUAUUCAAUUAAUACCAAAAAAUGUAUUCCAUGUUGUUACUAAAUCAAUGCAACAACUAAUUUAUAGGUUUGGUACAUUUAUAAUGACGUCAUUAAAAAUAUUUUAUUUAAUUUUAUAAUAAAAAUAAAUUGACAUUGUAAUUGUUAUAAAUACAUUGUAAUACACUCUUUGAAAUGAUAAACAUAUUUAGUAUUGUUUAAUCUUUACAUGAUAUUUGCCUUAUUAUAAAGACUUACACACAACCAAUGAUAUUUAAUUCCCACCUAGAUUAGUAAUCUGACCAGAUGUAGGUAUUAAUCUAGUAUUUGGUGCUAUCUUGAUAGCUACAUAGAAAUGUAGGACAUGAAUUUUUAGAACUGGAAUUGGUUAAUAUUAAAUAUCAAUUAAAUGAACCUAUACAAUUAUGAAACAACAAAUACUUGCUCUUCUUUCUCUUUCACUCAUAUUUCCAUCUCGCUUUCUCCUUCUGACCAUGGCUAACUUCACUCAGAAUUCCAGUGUUUUUAAGAUCGUAUUGUUGAAUUAACAAUACUGAGUUGAUAUAUAACCUCUAUUUAUUUAAAAUGUUUUUUUUUAAUCAUUGUCAUUCAACAAAUUCAGACUACAUUUAUUUUCUUCUGUUAUG